GGAAAAUAUCAUAUUAUGUGUUAUAAAAGUGAAGAAAAUGUGACAUGUUGUAAUUUGCGGUGGGAAUCAUGAAGCCACGUCUUCUGAAUACCCCACAAGGGUGGCCAAAGUCAGGGUUAUACAGAGCAUUUCAUAUGCAAAAGCUGUGAAAAGGGUUGAGGGGUUGAAUGUUGCGCCAGAAGAGUCCAUGGUAGCCGAUAGGCCUUCACUGCAGGCUGCAGGGGUUGUCUUGACUCCAAGAGGAUCCUGACAUUUUAAAGGUUAAAACGGUGGCCUUUAUUGCAAUGGUGAUAAAUGGCACUGCCAAGGUGGAGAAAAGAUCUAGGAAGAUUGAAAUCAUUGUGAUUGCGGCGGAGCGGUUCCUGGGGCUGAAAGAUUUCACAGCAAAGGAGUUACACGGAAUAUUAGCAAAAGCCGCACCACCUUCUUAGGUCAUAGAGCCUGAGAAGGGAGAUAUGGAGAACUAAAAGGAAGGAGAAGUGGGAGUGGGAGAUCCACUGACAUGAUACAGAGCUGCCAACUCUCACGCUUUCGCCGUGUCACACACGUUUUUGCCUGUUUUCACACGCACUCACGCCACACAUCCAAUUUCUCAUGCAAAAAAAAUCAGCAGAGACUCGUUCGUUCCUUUUUUCAAACUCCCCGAUGGUAGAUGGCGCUGAUGAGCGCCACUGAACAAUAUGCGCUGCACCCCGAAGUUAGCGACAGAAGAAGAGAUACCAUUGCCGCGAAAGUCAACAGGAGAAGAAACGGUCACUACCUCAAGAAGUCUGAUAAGAAGCUGAGCUGAGACUAGACAAGAAGGGCUGAGGUCAAAAUGACAGCUGGGUUGGUAGUUCACAACGUCCCCCUAGCCUUUGCGGACCACCUGGGGCCUCUCCUAAAAGAAUGUUUCGGAGAUUCAAAGACAGCGCAGGAGUACAGGUGUGCCAGGACUAAGUCAUCCUGCAUUACCAAUGAAGCACUCGCACCAUAUUUCACACAGGAGCUUGUGAAGGAGAUGAAAAUGGGAGUGGAAAAGAUGAACCCGCUUACUGUCCGGGUCUUCAUGGGCAGCAAAGUUGUCCACCAGUUUUUAAAUAUGUGCUCAACAAGUGGGACGAGAUGUGGGACAGCAAGUGAGAUCUUCACCAAAAUUAACUCCACCAUAGAGGAGCAUGGCAUCCCUUGGGAGAACUGCAUUGGUCUCUCAGUUGACAAUGGAGCUGUGAACAUUGGACCACGUAAUUCCAUUGCCUCUAGGGUGCUCCAGAAGCAUCCCAACACCUAUAUUCAUGGUUGUCCUUGUCAUGUGGCACAUAACACCGCCAAAGCUGCAGGAGUGGGAUUUUUUAAAGUGUCCGGUUUUGAUUUGGAGGAUAUGGUAGUGGACAUCGGUUACUGGUUCAAGGGUAGCACAAAUCGGAAAGGAUACCUGACAGAGUUUUGUGAGCUCCAUGAAGCGGAGGACAUGGAGGUCCUCCUGCAUAUCUCGGUCCGUUGGCUAAGCCUUGAACGUUGUGUGACCAGGAUCCUGAGGCUGUAUGAACCUCUGGCCAGCUACUACAAAUCUGCUAAUGAAAAUCAGGCCAGGUUCAAGAGACUUGUGCAGACAUUCACUGACCCCAUGACAAAGUGUACCUGCUGUUCUUCCAAGCCACUGUACCAACUUUCACUUCUUUCAACUUGCUGCUUCAGAGAGAGCAGUCAUCAAUAUUUUUGUUACAUUUCAUGAUGAGAUGGUGAAAUUCGUACGCAAGCUAUGUUCCAAGUUUAUGGUUCCAGCAGCUCUGCAGUGCCAUGAGGAGCCUUGUGAAAUUGCCUUUAAAGAAAAGGCUAACCAUUU